AUGGCUGCAAGCCGUCGCAAACAAGAUGAUAAAAAUUUAGAAGUUUUACGUGAACUUAUAUCUUUGAAUGGUAACAAAUAUUGUUUAGAUUGUAAUCAGAGAGGACCUACCUAUGUAAAUACAACGAUAGGAUCCUUUGUGUGUUCAAAAUGUUCGGGAAUGUUGCGUGGUCUUACUCCUCCUCAUCGUGUAAAAUCAAUUUCUAUGGCUACAUUUACACCUGAGGAGAUCGAAUUUAUUAAAGUAAGAGGGAACGACUACUGCAGGCGUCUAUGGCUGGGCUUAUACGAGGGUGAAAGUGUGAAUUUUACUGAUGAACAAAGAGUCAAAGAUUUCAUGUCUGAUAAAUAUGAAAAGAAAAGAUACUAUUUAGAGUCAUCAGUUAAUGAUACUGCAAUGACUAAUGGAAAUUCCUCAGUGAAGAACAAAGCGAAAAGUAAAGUAUCCAGUAAUGUAGGAGUACCAACUCCUUUGAUAUCAAUAACACCGCAGCUUUCUAAGCUGAAUGUGAAUAAUAAUGUGGUCAACACAGCGAAAGUAGUUAGCAAUGUUAAUGAUACCAGCUGUAAGUUGCCUCGGCCAGUGAAUAACUUUUCUCAGCCAAUGCUUAAUAAAACAAUUCCUACAGUAGCAACAAACCCAAUCCCCGUACCUGAUUUUCCUGUUGAUUUCUCGACUGCAAACAUUUACAACAGUUCCCAGUACAACAAUAAUCUGAACAACAACAUCAUGGUACAGCCAUUAUCAUCGAAUACUCAAUCUUUCAAUGCAUUCAGUUCCCCCACCACAGCAUCAAAUGAUCGUUAUGCUGCCUUAGCUGAUCUGGAUAUGGCUUUAAGACAACAAAACAUGAAAAAUAUGGAGGACGGCAAUAACAUGGACAAAAAUCCAUUUCAAACGUCAUCUAGUAAUGAUGUAUUUGCAAAUAAAAACCCAUUUUUUAAUGGGGCUUGGAGUACAACCCCAGCGCCCACACCAAUUAAUCCAUUUAUGCCGGCAAACAAUGGGGCCUUCAUAAAUUCUAAGAAUCCUUUCCUCUGA